AUGGCGCAGAAGCGAAAGCUCCGAGUCCUCAUGAGCAUCCUCCGGGACAAGGUCGCCAUCAUCAAGGCCACCCUCUCCCUCCGCCGCACCGCCGCCUCCUCCGUCCGCCUCUCCGUCCUCCGCGCCACCGCCGCCUCCCCCUCCGACGCCGCCCCCCCGCCGGAGGACCGCCUCGCCGCCGUCCUCCUGCUCGGCCGCGGGUCCCUCCUCACCGCGCGCACCUGCGUCGCGGCCCUCGUGGACCGCCUCCACGGCUCCGCGGACGCCGCCGUCGCCCUCAGGUGCCUCGUCGCCCUCCACGGCGUCCUCACGCAGGGCUCCUUCGUCCUCCGCGACCAGCCGUCCUUCUUCCCCGGCGACGGCGGCCGCAAUUACCUGAACCUCUCCAAGUUCCGGGACGACUCGGGCCCGGAGGCCUGGGAAUUGUCGUCGUGGGCUCGAUGGUACGCGGCGUUCCUGGAGCAGACCCUGAUCGCCUCGCGGCGGGUCGGGUUCUACCUGUGCGGCUCGACCAGGGACCGGGGCGAGAAGGUCUCGGCGUCGUCGAGCUCGGAGCUGUUGAUUGAACUCGACGUGUUGUCGAGCGUUCUCGAGCGGGUCGUCGAGGCACCCAAGAACUCGGAGCAGCUGCGGGCGAACGAUCUCGUGCACGAGGUGGUCAGGCUGGUGCGCGAGGACUACGGCGCUACCCGGUCCGAGAUCUCGCUCCGGCUCGCGGGGCUCGGGGAGAGGGUGGACGGCAUGAGCUCCGCCGAGUUGGCCCAGCUCGCGGGCGUGCUGACCCGGCUGGACGGUUGCGAGGACAGGCUGAUUUCGCUGUUCGGGAACAGGAAGAACAACGACGGGCUGUGGGAUUCCGUCGCGGAGCUGAAGACCAAGGCGGCGGCGGAGGAGGAGAGGAGAGAAGGGUGGCGGUUGGUGAAGAAGGAGACCAAGGUCGACGCGGCGGAGUUGGCUCGGCUCGUCGGACGAUUCACCGAGUCGAGAAAGCUCUACGCGGCGGCGGGGAGCGGCGCCGGAUUCAGGGGGCUGGACUUGGUUCCUGUAACGGUCCCGACCGUAGGAUGA